UUUAGGUAUAUGUUAGGACUAGCAGCAAUCCCAUCAUUAAUUCAAAUCAUAGGGUUUAUUUUACUGCCGGAAAGUCCAAGAUGGCUGCUGGACAAAAAUAAGGAAUCAGAGGCGAGGGAAGUCUUGACGGCCAUUCGAGGCACGACAGAUAUCGAGGCUGAAUUAUUUGAAAUAAAACGAGUUUGUGAGAUUGAAAAACAGGCUAAAAUAGACAGUAAUGGUUUUACUGUAGUCAGAAUGUUACGAAGUCCAGCGAUGAGACGAGCGUUAUUAGUAGGGUGUGGUCUACAAUUAUUUCAACAACUUAGUGGCAUCAAUACCGUCAUGUACGGUAAUAUUUAUCUUAGACCAAUUUAA